CCCAAUUGCAAAUAUUUUCAAUUCCCCAUUCUUAAUAUAAUCCCUUCUUCUUCUUCUUCUUCUUCUUUAUCCUUCAAUUACUCUUCAAACCCAGAAUAAACACAAAAUCUUUCAAUUAACCACAAACAAAAAUGGGUAAUUGCAAUUGUUCACUAAAAACUUCCCCAACAACACCCAAAAAAUCUCAACAUUCAUUCCAAAUCAUGACGGAUUCAGGUCGGGUUAUCCAAAUUGACGGUCCAAAACUAGCUCAAGAAGUCCUUGAUGAUUAUCCGGGUUAUGGAAUUUACCAAAGAGGUCAUUUAACAUUGCCAUUGUUUGAGGAUGAGCUUCUUAUUAAUGGUCAAGUUUACUAUCUUUUACCAUUUGGGUUGUCAAGUAGUAAGAACUUAGCUGAAACGACGUCGUUGAGCUUUAGGAAGGAUCAAAACUCUGCGUUUGAGGUUUUGCCGUCUAGGGGAAAUGGUGUAUGGAAAGUUAAAAUGGCUAUAAAUAGUAAAGAGUUAGAGGAAAUGUUGUCUGAUAAUGCUGAAGCUUUGAUUCAAAUGAUGAGAUCCGCCGCGAAAUCGUCGGAGAAAUCUCCUGAGAGGAGUUUUAGAUGGAAAUCAAUGGGUUUGAUUGCUGCUGGUCUUAAAAGUCCGGUAGUUUCUAAGAGGUUGACUGCUUGUUAAUUCUUGGAAUAAAAUAAUAAGUAUAAUUUUGUUAACGACAAUCUAUUUAUAUUUGAUUCAUAAAGUCGAUAAAUGUAAUAUUUGUUUUCAAUUGUAGGUAAUUCUCGAGCUAGGUUUUCACCGGCCUCAACAUCUAUAUAUUUUGAUAAGAUUAUGACCUUCUUCAUUAUUUGCUCUAUGAACGGAAAAUACCGAGUAUGAUGAUAGCAAGGAAAUUGUGUGUAAUUAUGUGGUUUACAUGAAUGAUAAUUAAUAGUCCUAAUUCCUAAAAAAA